GUGCCUUCAUCUCCUGCUGACCUGAGGAUGGUGCUGGUGGGGAAGACUGGAUCAGGGAAGAGUGCAGCAGGAAACACCAUCCUGGGAAGAGAAGGAAGAGCAACAGAGAUAGGCUUUGAAUCUAGGGCAUCACCUAAAUCUGUGACGAAAAAGUGUCAGAUAGAUGAGGUCAUGUCAGGAGAAAAGAGAAUCUCAGUUACUGACACACCAGGUGUGUAUGACACAGAUUUAGGUGAGAAGGCUUUGAGGCGUGAGUUGGAUAGCUAUAUUUACAUGACAGCUCCUGGACCCCAUGUGUUCCUGCUAGUGAUCAGUCUUGGGGUUAGAUACAACAGGGAAGAGAAGGAUGCAGUGAAGUGGAUCUGUGAGAACUUUGGGAAGGAAGCUUUACAGUACGCAAUCGUACUCUUCACCCACACUGAUGGGCUCAAAGGCACAACCUUAGAGCAGUAUGUUGAUGAAAGUGAUGAUCUCCAGACGCUCAUUAGUGACUGUGAAGGAAGAUCUCAUGGAUUUAACAAUAAUGACAGAAAUCCAAAUCAGGUCACUGAACUGCUGGAGAAAAUUGAAAACAUGGUGAAGAGCAACAGAGUGAGUAGAAGCGAGUACUAUACCAAUAACAUGUACAAGAGAGCCCAGAAACAGAUUGAAAAUGCCAGGAUGAAAGAGACGGCUAAAGAAGUAGCUCUGGGUGUGGCCUCAGGUGUAGGAGUGGCAGCAGCAGUAUCUGGAGGAGUUGUGCUUGGAGUCACUCAUCUCCUGCUCCUCCCAGGACUGUUUAUUGGAGCAGGGGCCGUAGUAGCACUGGGAGGUGGUGUUGGGUUACUUGCAAAAAAAUUAUCAGGAAAUCCGAAACCUGAUCAUCACAACAAAAAAGAGUAA